UCGACGUCAGCGUGCUGACGUCACGGGCCGGAGGUCCCGGGGCUGCUGGGUGCGGGCGGUGGGCUGCACGUCGCCCGCUGGACUGUGUCCCGGGUCCCGCCCCGCCAAGCCCCGCCCCUCAGGCCGGGGCGCGACCGCUGAGCCGCAGUUCCCGGGCCAACCUGGGGCGGCCGGCCAGGAACCACCCGUUGAGGUGUCUUCUCUUUAGGGAUGGUGAGGUUGGAAAAAGGCUCCUGUAACCCUCCUCCAGGAUGAACCACCUGCCAGAAGACAUGGAGAACGCUCUCACCGGGAGCCAGAGCUCCCAUGCUUCUCUGCGCAACAUCCAUUCCAUCAACCCCACACAACUCAUGGCCAGGAUUGAGUCCUAUGAAGGAAGGGAAAAGAAAGGCAUAUCUGAUGUCAGGAGGACUUUCUGUUUGUUUGUCACCUUUGACCUCUUAUUUGUAACGUUACUGUGGAUAAUAGAGUUAAAUAUCAAAUGGAAAGAUGUAUACAGCAGCCCCUUUGAAGAUACAAAGGUCUGCGCAAUUACAGGAGGUCAGGGGAGCCGUGGCCUUCCAAGACCUAAGACUGUGGAGAGUGAUCAGAAAGUGAGGGAGUCCUGGAUAAAGGUGAAUGGAGGCAUUGAGAACACAUUAGAGAAGGAGGUGAUGCAGUAUGACUACUAUUCUUCGUAUUUUGAUAUAUUUCUUUUGGCAGUUUUUCGAUUUAAAGUGUUAAUACUUGCAUAUGCUGUGUGCAGAUUGCGCCACUGGUGGGCAAUAGCGUUGACAACGGCAGUGACCAGUGCCUUUUUACUAGCAAAAGUGAUCCUUUCAAAGCUUUUCUCUCAAGGGGCUUUUGGCUAUGUGCUGCCCAUCAUUUCAUUCAUCCUUGCCUGGAUUGAGACAUGGUUCCUGGAUUUCAAAGUGUUACCUCAAGAAGCAGAGGAAGAAAACAGACUCCUGAUAGUUCAGGAUGCUUCAGAGAGGGCAGCACUUAUACCUGGUGGUCUUUCUGAUGGUCAGUUUUAUUCCCCUCCUGAAUCUGAAGCAGGAUCCGAAGAAGCUGAAGAAAAACAGGACAGCGAGAAACCACUUUUAGAACUAUGAGUACUACUUUUGUUAAAUGUGAAAAACCCUCACAGAAAGUCAUCGAGGCAAAAAGAGGCCGGCAAUCGAGUCUGCCUGUUGACAGUAAAGUUGAAAUGGUGACGUCCACUGCUGGCUUUAUUGAACAGCUAAUAAAGAUUUAUUUAUUGUAAUACCUCACAGACAUUGUACCAUAUCCAUGUACAUUUAGUCACCUGCCUGUGGCCGGUAAGGUAAUGUCAUGAUUCAUCCUCUCUUCAGUGAGACUGAGUCUGAUGUGUUAACGAAUAGGUGAAGAAAGUCUUGUGCUGUAUUCCUAAUCAAAAGACUUAAUAUAUUGAAAUAACACUUUUUUAGUAAGCAAGAUACCUUUUUAUUUCAGUUCAUAGAAUGGAAUUUUUUUGUUUCAUGUCUCAGAUUUAUUUUGUAUUUCUUUUUUUAACACCCUACAUUUCCCUUGUGUUUUUUAACUCAUGCACAUGUGCUCUUUGUACAGUUUUAAAAAGUGUAAUAAAAUCCAACGUGUCAAUGUGGCUAGCUUUUUUCUUGUUUUGCAUUAUGUAUGUGGUCUGAAGUGUUGGACCUGCAAAAGGGGAAGAAAGAGGGAUUGCGAAUACAUGUAAAAUGUCACCAGACAUUUGUAUUGUUUUUAUCAUGAAAUCAUGUUUUUCUCUGAGAUUGUUCUGAAAUGUUCUAAAUACUCUUAUUUUGAAUGCACAAAAUGACUUAAACCAUUCAUAUCAUGUUUCCUUUGCGUUCAGCCAAUUUCAAUUAAAAUGAACUAAAUUAUA